CCACCAAUUAAACAAAUUUGAACUCUCAAAAUCAUGACAUUGGGAGUAAUACUGAUUAAAGAAAAGCCCUUGAUUACUUUCCCAUAAAACAUAGUUUCAAGCUCCAAAUAAGAUGUAAAACUUCAUAAUUAGGGGCCAUGUCCAAUUGGUCAAAUACAGUACCAAGACCAAACAGAAAAGAGACAUCAGUAUAAAUAUUGAAUUUCGAAAUUAAACAUCUCUGAAAUAUUUCACAUCCACAAUCCUUUCAUCUUUCCAUUUAAAGUCUCAUACCAUGCGGUCAAUUACUUUGGGCCUUUUGAAAUGCACCCCUGCCAUAAGAAGACACAGAACCCUACCACAAGAACACACAGAAGGGAGAAUACUUGGAUAUAAGAAAACAGCAAGGAAAAUGCAUUAGAAGAGGACGAAAGAUUAACUAAAAGCAUAGUAGAUUACUUCACAUUGGAGCGUGUCAAAGGUUGCAUUGAUUAUUAAUGUCCAAUAUUUCCCCGAGUACCAUCACAACAACACGUCGUAUUGUAAGCCAAGUGAAAUAUAUAACAUCAGAAAUUUUCAAGAACCAAAAUAGCAAAUGGUCUAAUUUAUUCAAAUCGCUAAGAACUUGUGAUCACAGCCACCAACAUACUUCAUGAAGGUACUUAAUUUUUUCUUAUCAAUAAUAAAGAUAAUUAAUU